AUGGCUGCAAACGCGACGAGUUUUACGUCGCCAUUGGCCGAUUUUUCGGUCGGGGGCAUGCCUCCUCAGGUCGAUUAUAUGAUCAACACCAUCACUAAUGCGAGUUUGAUGACAUGGGUGUUUACCCUCCUUGCUGUAGCUGUCGCGUAUGAUCAGGUCAGCUAUUUCGUACAAAAAGGUUCCAUCGUCGGUCCCGCGUUCAAGUUACCGUUUAUGGGCCCUUUUCUCGAAUCUCUCAACCCUAAAUUCGAAGAAUACAAAGCAAAAUGGGCCAGUGGUCCCCUUAGCUGCGUCUCUGUCUUCCAUAAGUUCGUCGUUAUCGCUUCCUCCCGCGAUUUGUCUCGCAAAGUCUUCAACUCCCCUACGUAUGUGAAGCCUUGCGUUGUCGAUAUUGCCACGAAAAUCCUUGGAGAGGACAGCUGGGUAUUUUUAGAUGGAAAGGCCCACGUCGACUACCGCAAAGGCCUGAACGGUCUCUUCACCCGACGAGCUCUUGAGUGCUACCUGCCCGGCCAGGAGGCUGUUUAUAAGCAGUACUUCGCUAGAUUCCUCCGAUUGACAAAAGAGGCUGGAGGAAAGCCCAUCCCUUUCAUGCACGAGUUCCGCGAGUUGAUGUGUACCGUAUCGCUUCGAACUUUCGCCGGAUACUACAUGCCCGACUCUGCCUGCAAGAAGAUCGCUGAUGACUACUAUCUGGUCACUGCUGCUCUCGACCUUGUCAACUUCCCGAUCAUAAUUCCCUACACCCGAACCUGGUACGGAAAGCGAGCUGCGCGCAUGGUCAUGGACGAGCUGGCUAAAUGUGCCGCUAAGUCUAAGGUCCGCAUGGCUGCUGGCGGCGAAAUCACCUGUAUUAUGGAUGCUUGGAUCAAGGACAUACUUGCCUCCAAGAGAUGGAAUGAAGCUGUCGAAAAGGGUCUCUCAACCGAAGGUAUGGUGAAGCCGUCACCUCUAUUGCGCGAUUUCAGCGACAUGGAGAUCGCUCGAACCCUCUUCACGUUCUUGUUCGCUUCUCAGGAUGCUACUUCGAGCGCAGCCACCAACAUGUUCCAGGUGUUGGCCAACCGACCUGACGUUCUAGACCGUGUCCGCGAGGAAAACUACCGCGUGCGAAAUGGUGACAUCCACGCCCCUGUGAACUUGGAUCAACUUGAAUCGAUGACGUACACCCGCGCAGUCGUCAGGGAGCUUCUCCGAUGGCGCCCUCCUGUCAUCAUGGUUCCCUACAAGGCCAAGAAGCCUUUCCCUGUCACGGAGAACUACACUGUCCCCAAGGGUGCCAUGAUCAUUCCGACCACGUAUGUUGCUCUUCGCGAUCCUGAGGUAUACGAGAACCCUGACGAGUUCGACCCUGAACGAUACUACACUGGCGACGCUGAGGAGAAGGGGGCCAAGAACUACCUCGUUUUCGGAACUGGUCCUCACUAUUGUCUUGGUCAACAUUAUGCUCAACUUAACUUGGCCCUCAUGAUUGGAAAGGCUUCAGUUGAGCUCGACUGGAAGCACCACGCAACUCCCGAGUCGGAUGAGAUCAAGGUGUUUGCCACCAUCUUCCCCAAGGAUGACUGCCCUCUUACGUUUGAAGAGAGGAAGUGGUAG